AUGGUAACACAUAUUGAACAUUUACCAAAUGAACUCUGGUUUUCAAUAUUUUCUUAUUUGGAAGCACAUGAUCUCUUUCGUGCUUUUAUUAAUUUAAAUAAUUAUUUUGAUGAAUUAAUUUCUUCUCGUCAUCUUUUAUACAAUGUUCAAUUUAAUAAAAAUGAUGAUCAUUCAAGAUUUAUUUCGAUUACAUAUUGUAGUUCUACUGAAAUACUUAAUCGUAUAAUAUCAUUACAAUGGAUUGCUAAACCUCGAUAUGGUUAUUUACCUCAAUUUUUUAAUAAAAAUAUUUCAGAAUUUACUCGAUUACGUGCUUUAAGAAUUGAAAUACAUCCUCGACAAACAUCUCUUAUUUGUAAAAUUUUUUCAGAACUCAAUUCACUUGAAUAUCUUUCCGUGAAAUCUGUAACUAUACAUACAUUAUUAAUUGAGACUAUAUUUACAAUACCUUGUCUUCACAUAUGUGAAUUAAUAAAUUCUCAUGUUAUGAGAAAUAUUGAAUGUUCCUUCGUUAGACAAAGUAAUAUCGAAGUCCUUUACUUAACAAAUAUCUCUAUUGAUAUUCAUUCGAUCACGGAGACAUUUUUCGAUCAUAUGCCAAAAUUAAAAAGACUCGAAAUGUUUGGAUCAACACAGACAUUUAAGACUUUGAUCUCAUGGAUAGUUAAUCAAAUUUUUAUUCUUGAAAAAAUUCCAAUGAUUAAACUUAAAUGCAAGUCUAAUCGAGUUACAAUAGUUUUUUUUUGA